AUGGUUUUGCUAGGCUGGCAAGGCAUUGUUUUUCUGUCGCUCUUAUGGCAGGUUUCCUUGGGCACUAAAAUCCUCAAGUUCACCAAUGUCAAGUGCAUGGAUUUGCCCACCUCUAGGGGCUUUACCAAGUAUGAAUACUGUCGCCUAAAGGUGGUUAAUAGAAAUCAGGUGGAGCUUUCCCUGAAGGUCAGCCUCAAGCAGCUUCCCAUUAAAAAUUUGACUGCCAGAUUGCAAUGUUUUCAACGACGUGAUGGCUAUAGACCCUUUAUGUACAAUAUUUUAUUUGAUUUCUGCAAACUAAUGGCGAGCAGUAACUACCAGUUGUCCUUUGAGCGGUUUAUAUUUGAUGCCAUAAGGAAGCAAAGCAACUUUAAUCAAAGUUGUCCUUGGAAGGAGAACCACAUGACUGUAGAGAAGUUUGCCCUGGAUUUCAGCAAGAUCAAUAUGCCAGUGCCGGCGGGCACAUACCGCUUGGAUUUCACCUUUUACGCCUACGGCAUUGCCCGCACAUUGACACAGGUGUUUUUCGAGAAAGGGGAGUAG